AUGCAGGCUAUUAAAUGCGUCGUCGUCGGGGACGGCGCCGUUGGUAAGACUUGCUUGUUGAUAAGUUACACAACAAACGCUUUUCCUGGGGAAUAUAUACCGACCGUUUUUGACAAUUACUCAGCAAAUGUUAUGGUUGACGGGAAACCAAUCAAUCUUGGUUUAUGGGAUACUGCUGGCCAAGAAGACUACGAUAGGCUGCGUCCACUCAGUUACCCACAAACCGAUGUCUUUCUUAUAUGCUUUUCUCUUGUGAACCCAGCGUCGUUUGAAAAUGUUAGAGCAAAAUGGUAUCCAGAAGUCUCACAUCAUUGUCCAAACGCCCCUAUUAUUCUUGUUGGUACAAAGCUUGAUUUGCGGGAGGAUAAUGAGACCGUAGAAAAAUUGAGAGAAAGAAGGCUAGCUCCAAUUAGUUAUCCACAAGGUGUUUCAAUGUCGAAAGAGAUCAGUGCUGUGAAGUAUUUGGAAUGUUCAGCUCUGUCACAGAAGGGUUUGAAGCAGGUUUUUGACGAAGCUAUUCGUGCUGUCCUUUGUCCGCCACCCAAGCCGAAACGAACGAGGAAAUGCAUUUUACUUUAG